AUGUUUGGACCGCUUAUGAAUACAAAUUGGUCAGCGCGUACCGCGGCGUGGCCUAAGUUGGGCCAGAACGUGGCCGAAGCUGGCCGAAGCGCGCUGAAGCGGACUGGAGCGGGCUGGAGCGGGUUAAGGCGGACUGGGGCGGCGCUUGCGCAAUUAAUACCGAAAACAGCGACAUUUAAACUGCAUCGCCUCACGCCCUCAGUUAUUAAUUCU